AUGUCUGGCAUAUCAAAAGUUUUAUGUUUGCCUGGUUAUUUACAAAGCGGAGCAACCUUGGCUAGGAAGUCUUCUGGGUUUCGAAAAGUCUUGUCGAAGAAACUAAACAUUCAACUUGAUUAUAUAAGUCCUUGUCAUUGUAUAAAUUCAAAAUCUGAAUUAGGAUUUCCUUUGGGUGCAACAGAAGAAGAAGCAAAUAAAGUUUGGGAUCAAAUUGUGGAAAAUGAGAAUAAUGUAAGAUGGUUCAAUCAUGUCGGUCCAAAUGACAAUAAGGGUCUCGAAGAAUCAAUUGAAUUUAUACUAAAUUAUUUAAAUAAAAAUGGACCUUAUGAUGGAAUAAUUGGAUUUUCUCAAGGUGCAGCAAUGGCAAUUAUGGUAACAAACUGUUUGAAAAGUAAGUUACCCACCCAUCCAGAAUUUAAGAUAAGUAUGUUUGUUUCUGGGUUUUGUUUAACAGAAGCAAAAAAUGGUGAUAAUUCUGAAGUGAAUAAAGAAAGGAUCAGCAAUUUAUCUGAUUUGGAUCAAUAUUCAAGUGAAGUAAAAAUUUCAGAUGAACCAGCAAAAUAUUUACUAGAUCCAACUAACAAUGAAAGCUUUGGUAAAAGUAUGAACACUAAAGUAAUUUUAGUUUAUGGUAAAAAUGAUAUGAUAGUUUCUCCAAUUAGAUCAAAGUAUGUUACCAACUUAUAUAAUCAGGAUCAAAUUCAUAUUUUUCCUCAUGAGGGAGCUCAUUUGUUUCCAAACGAUAAAAAAUUUAUUGCUCCUAUCACUGACUUGUUUGAUAGAGAAAUUAACAAGGUUAAGCUAUAG